AUGGCUACUGAUAUGGUUAUACCGAAAGAGUGUAAAGCGGGCGUGGUCCAUGAUGAGGGACCAGACUUCACCAUGAAGAUCCAAACGGUGAAAGUCCCGGAGCCUGGCCCGGACGAAGUGCUGGUCAGGCUGAAUUCUACCGGUAUCUGCUACUCGGAUAUACACUACAUGCUGAACGACACUGGGGCCAAGCCAAUGUCGGAAUUCGGUGUUGGUUCGGCGGGCCAUGAAGGGUGCGGUGUGGUCGUGAAGACAGGCAGUAAUGUGCAGAAUUUCCGCGUCGGUGACCGCGCGGGGAUCAAGCCCAUUUGGAGUACAUGCGGAUCCUGCGAGUUAUGCUGGGGAGAUAAGGAGAUGCAUUGCCGGAGGAAGAAGCUCACUGGGGCGAGUGCUACAGGAACCUUUCAGCAAUACAUUGUGUCGCCUGCGCGGUAUACGACACCGAUUCCAGAGGGGAUUCCUGAUCAUGCAGCAGCGACGGCCAUGUGUAGCGCUGCCACCGCGUACCGCUCAAUCCGUAUGUCCGGGCUUUCACCAGGCUCAUGGGCUGUUUUCCUUGGCGGCGGAGGGGGUGUUGGAAUUCAAGCAGUACAAAUUGCCAAAGCCUUCGGUCUACGUCCCAUCGUUGUUGAUAAGGGAAAGCCAAAGCAUGAGCUUUCGUUGAAAAUGGGUGCAGAGGCCUUUGUGGAUUUCGGGGACGUUCCAGAUCCAGCAGCAGAGGUGGUGAGCAUCACAGACGGCAUUGGCUCCCAUGGGGUGUUUGUUACCGCACCAGCUGCCUAUCCGACUGUGCUCCCUUAUAUUGGCAACAGGGUCGGCGCAGUGAUUAUGUGUAUUGGCCUACCGGCAGCUUCAUCUAGCCAUAAGAUCGAUGUCGACCCUACUAUCAUGAUUCUCAAGAACCUAACCAUCAGGGGCACUCUGGUUGGGUCCAUGGAAGACACCAAUGAAGUUUUAAAAUUCGUGCAGAGGGGUCAGCUACGUGAAAUAUGUGAAAUUCUGCCAUUUGAUGAAUUGCCACGAGCAGUCCAGCGACUUCGUGGGGCUCAAAUCGCAGGCAAGAUUGUGAUAGAUUAUAAUAUUUAA